CCCGCCCGCCUGCGGCCAUGGCCUCCCGGCCCGGUCUGUGGCCAGCGCUCCUGGGCAUGGUCCUCGCCACCUGGCUCCGCGGCUCGGGUGCCCAGCAGAGCGCCACAGCGGCCACCCCGGUGUCUGGCGCCAACCCAGACCUGCUUCCCCACUUCCUGGUGGAGCCCGAGGAUGUGUACAUCGUCAAGAACAAGCCAGUGCUGCUGGUGUGCAAGGCCUUGCCUGCCACGCAGAUCUUCUUCAAGUGCAACGGGGAGUGGGUGCGCCAGGUGGACCACGCCAUAGAGCGCAGCACCGACGGGAGCAGCGGGCUGCCCGCCAUGGAGGUUCGCAUCAAUGUCUCACGGCAGCAGGUGGAGAAGGUGUUUGGGCUAGAGGAGUACUGGUGCCAGUGUGUGGCGUGGAGCUCCUCGGGCACCACCAAGAGCCAGAAGGCCUACAUCCGCAUUGCCUAUUUGCGCAAGAACUUCGAGCAGGAGCCGCUGGCCAAGGAGGUGUCCCUGGAACAGGGCAUCGUGCUGCCUUGCCGCCCGCCGGAGGGCAUCCCGCCGGCCGAGGUGGAGUGGCUCCGCAAUGAGGAUCUGGUGGACCCAGCCCUGGACCCCAAUGUGUACAUCACGCGGGAGCACAGCCUGGUGGUGCGGCAGGCCCGCCUGGCCGACACGGCCAACUACACCUGCGUGGCCAAGAACAUCGUGGCUCGUCGCCGCAGCGCCUCUGCUGCCGUCAUCGUCUACGUGAACGGUGGGUGGUCGACGUGGACCGAGUGGUCCGUCUGCAGUGCCAGCUGUGGGCGUGGCUGGCAGAAACGGAGCCGCAGCUGCACCAACCCGGCGCCUCUCAACGGGGGCGCCUUCUGUGAGGGGCAGAAUGUCCAGAAAACAGCCUGCGCCACCUUGUGCCCAGUGGACGGCAGCUGGGGCCCGUGGAGCAAGUGGUCAGCCUGUGGGCUUGACUGCACCCACUGGCGGAGCCGCGAGUGCUCAGACCCGGCACCCCGCAACGGAGGCGAGGAGUGUCUGGGAGCUGAUCUCGACACCCGCAACUGUACCAGCGACCUCUGCAUGCACACUGCUUCUGGCCCCGAGGACGUGGCCCUCUACGUGGGCCUCAUCGCUGUGGCCGUGUGCCUUGUCCUGCUGCUGCUUGUCCUCAUCCUUGUUUAUUGCCGCAAGAAGGAGGGGCUGGACUCGGAUGUGGCCGACUCGUCCAUCCUCACCUCAGGCUUCCAGCCCGUCAGCAUCAAGCCCAGCAAAGCAGACAACCCCCACCUGCUCACCAUCCAGCCAGACCUCAGCACCACCACCACCACCUACCAGGGCAGUCUGUGUCCCCGGCAGGACGGGCCGAGCCCCAAGUUCCAGCUCAGCAAUGGGCACCUGCUCAGCCCUCUGGGCAGCGGCCGCCACACGCUGCACCACAGCUCGCCCACCUCUGAGGCUGAGGACUUCGUCUCCCGCCUCUCCACCCAGAGCUACUUCCGCUCCCUGCCCCGCGGCACCAGCAACAUGGCCUACGGGACCUUUAACUUCCUCGGGGGCCGGCUGAUGAUCCCUAACACGGGGAUCAGCCUCCUCAUUCCCCCAGAUGCCAUCCCCCGGGGCAAGAUCUACGAGGUCUACCUCACCCUGCACAAGCCAGAGGACGUGAGGUUGCCUCUAGCCGGCUGCCAGACCCUGCUGAGUCCCAUCGUUAGCUGCGGGCCGCCUGGAGUCUUGCUCACCCGGCCCGUCAUCCUGGCCAUGGAGCACUGUGGGGAGCCCAGCCCCGAGAGCUGGAGCCUGCGCCUCAAGAAGCAGUCGUGCGAGGGCAGCUGGGAGGAUGUGCUGCACCUGGGCGAGGAGGCGCCCUCCCACCUGUACUACUGCCAGCUGGAGGCCGGGGCCUGCUACGUCUUCACCGAGCAGCUGGGCCGCUUCGCCCUGGUGGGGGAGGCCCUCAGCGUGGCUGCAGCCAAGCGCCUCAAGCUGCUCCUCUUUGCGCCCGUGGCCUGCACCUCGCUCGAGUACAAUAUCCGCGUCUACUGCCUGCACGACACCCACGAUGCACUCAAGGAGGUGGUGCAACUGGAGAAGCAGCUGGGGGGACAGCUGAUCCAGGAACCCCGCAUCCUGCACUUCAAGGACAGCUACCACAACCUGCGUCUGUCCAUCCAUGAUGUGCCCAGCUCCCUGUGGAAGAGCAAGCUUCUCGUCAGCUACCAGGAGAUCCCCUUUUAUCACAUCUGGAAUGGCACACAGCAGUACCUGCACUGCACCUUCACCUUGGAGCGCAUCAGCCCCAGCACCAGCGACCUGGCCUGCAAGGUGUGGGUGUGGCAAGUGGAGGGCGAUGGGCAGAGCUUCAACAUCAACUUCAACAUCACCAAGGACACAAGGUUUGCAGAGCUGCUGGCCCUGGAGAGUGAAGGGGGGGUCCCAGCCCUGGUGGGCCCCAGUGCCUUCAAGAUUCCCUUCCUCAUUCGGCAAAAGAUCACGACCAGCCUGGACCCACCCUGCAGCCGGGGGGCUGACUGGCGGACUCUGGCCCAGAAACUCCACCUGGACAGCCAUCUCAGCUUCUUUGCCUCCAAGCCCAGCCCCACGGCCAUGAUCCUCAACCUGUGGGAGGCAAGGCACUUCCCCAACGGCAACCUCAGCCAGCUGGCCGUGGCCGUGGCUGGACUGGGCCAGCCAGACACUGGCCUUUUCACAGUGUCGGAGGCCGAGUGCUGAGGCCAGCCGGGGCCCACGACGCCUACACUCUCACCAGCUUUGACACCCGCCAGGGACAGACGGAAGCCGGGCGGGGGCCCUCUCCCCUCCUCACCCCACUCCCAGCCCAGACCAGGGAGAGCCAGGCUGACAGGCCCCACUCCUGACCAAUGCCACCCUUUCACGCUGGUCCUUCAGAUCCUGCCCAUGCUGCAGCCCCGCCAGGCUGGCACUGCCACCCACUCAGACUCUGCCAUGGCUGCCGGGGCCCAGGAUAGACAGUGCCUGGAGCCCGGGCUGGGCCCAGCCCACUGGUGUGUGUGUGUGUGUGCGUGUGAUGCUACCUCUCCCCCCCACCCCUGCUGGGGGGCCGCAUGCACACAGACAUGCACGCACACGCUGGGCUUGGGACGCGGGCCCCGGAGCUCCUGCCUGAGCUGGACCUUAUGCAAACGUUUCUGUGCCUGCUGGGUAGGGGCACUGGAGGGGCCCGGGGCCAGCCUGGGGGACCCAGAGCUCUGUCCGGAUGGCAGGCGUGGGUGGCGGCAGCCCCUGGUCUCAGGCACACACCCACCACACAGGCAUGUGCACAUGCAUGCCUCGUGCUUCCAUCUCACACGCAUCCCGCGCCUGAGCUGGGCAACUCGCUCUCCGCACCACCCACAUCUCACGCUUGUGCGCCCUCGAGUCUUACUCACGGCCCCCUGUGCCCCGGUGUUUGUUCACAUCUGCCUCUCACGUGCUGUCCUCCUCCCUCCCACCCAGGGACACCAGGCGGCUCCUUCCAGACCUCCUGACCCUCCCCACCCACCCACCCACCGGCCCCCGGUGGUGAGGUGCCCUGCCCGGCGGGGCGUGUGAAUAUGCAAUGGGAGUCCCGCGCUGUGCAAUGGCGAGUGUGCGUGCUGUGGCGUGCCCGUUCCUGGGGCUGGCCGGUGCCCCGGUGCGGGGCUUGUCGUGUGAAGCUUGUGUCCUGACUCUGUCUUAAGUGCAUUCACGCACUUACACUUGGCCUUAUGUACACAGCCUUGCCCGGCCGCCGGGGCGCAUAGGGAUUUUAGCGGACGUGAAUGUAAAUAAAUAUAUAUAUA